UUUUAUUUUUUUUAGUAAUAAUAGUAAAUCUAAUACUAAGAUGUCCGGUUUUGACGACGCCGGUAUUUUUUACAGCGACAGCUUCGGAGGGGAGCAGCAGGCGGACGAUGGAUCGGUCAAGAAAACUCACGUUAAGAAGAGAUUUCGCGAGUUUCUGCGUCAGUACCGGGUCGGGACCGACCGGACCGGCUUCACCUUCAAAUACAGAGACCUGCUGAAGAGACGCUGCACUCUGGGGGAGUUCUGGAUGGAGGUGGAGAUGGAGGAGCUGUCCAGCUUCGAUGAGGACCUGGCAGACUGUCUCUAUAAACAACCAUCGGAGCACCUGCCCCUGCUGGAGGAAGCUGCCAGGGAAGUAGCUGAUGAGGUCACCAAGCCCCGCCCUGCCGGAGAGGAAGCCAUACAGGACAUCCAGGUCAUGCUGAGGUCAGAGGGCAACCCGGCCAACAUGCGCAGCCUGAAGUCGGAUCAGAUGUCCCGGCUGGUUCAGAUCCCUGGGAUGGUGGUCUCGGCCGCGGCGGUCCGUUCGAAGGCGGUCCGCGUGUCUCUGCAGUGCCGGGGGUGUCGAGGCGUGAUCGCGAACAUCGCGGUGAGACCGGGGCUCGAGGGGUACGCCCUGCCACGCAAGUGCAACACGGAGCAGGCGGGUCGUGUGAAGUGUCCCGUCGAUCCCUACUUCCUGAUCCCUGAUAAGUGCUCCUGCGUGGAUUUCCAGACCCUGAAGCUGCAGGAGUCCCCGGAGUCCGUCCCGCACGGGGAAAUGCCCCGACACGUCCAGCUGUACUGUGACAGGUACCUGUGUGAUCGGGUGGUUCCUGGUAACAGAGUCACUAUCAUGGGGAUCUACUCCAUUAAGAAGUCUGGGAACCCGAGCCGCAGUAAGGGGCGGGACCGCGUGGGAGUCGGGAUCCGGAGUUCCUACAUCCGGGUCGUGGGGAUCCAGGUCGACACGGAGGGAGUAGGACGCAGCGUCGUGGGGGCGGUCUCUCCGCAGGAAGAGGAGGAGAUUCGCAGGCUGGCGGCCACGCCCAACGUCUUCGAGUCCAUCGCCAAGAGCAUAGCGCCCUCUAUCUACGGGAGCGUGGAUGUGAAGAAAGCCAUCGCCUGCCUGCUGUUCGGAGGCUCCCGCAAGAGGCUGCCUGAUGGUUUGACUCGGAGGGGGGAUGUCAAUCUGCUGAUGCUGGGAGAUCCCGGCACAGCCAAGUCCCAGCUGCUGAAAUUCGUGGAGCGCUGCGCCCCCAUCGCGGUCUACACCUCUGGGAAGGGCAGCAGUGCGGCCGGACUCACAGCCUCGGUAAUGAGGGACCCCGUUACCAGGAACUUCGUCAUGGAGGGCGGGGCCAUGGUGCUGGCCGACGGGGGCGUGGUCUGCAUCGACGAGUUCGACAAGAUGCGAGAGGAUGAUCGCGUCGCUAUCCAUGAAGCGAUGGAGCAACAGACCAUCUCUAUCGCCAAGGCUGGCAUCACCACCACUCUGAACUCUCGCUGCUCAGUCCUGGCUGCUGCUAACUCUGUGUUCGGUCGCUGGGACGAUACGAAGGGAGAGGAGAACAUCGACUUCAUGCCCACCAUCCUCUCCAGAUUCGACAUGAUCUUCAUCAUCAAGGACGAGCACGACGAGCACAAGGACAUGACGCUGGCGAAGCAUGUGAUGAACGUGCAUCUGAGCGCGCUCACAACCAACCAAUCCAGCGAGGGGGAGAUCGAGCUCAGCAUGAUGAAGAAGUACAUCUCCUACGCCCGGACGAAGUGCGGUCCGCGCCUCUCGGCCGACGCGGCGGAGAAACUGAAGAACCGGUACAUUCUAAUGAGGAGCGGAGCGAGAGAACACGAGAGAGAGAGCGACAAGAGAUCCAGCAUCCCCAUCACUGUCAGGCAGUUGGAGGCGAUCAUUCGUAUCUCUGAGUCUCUGGCCAAGAUGAAGCUCCGCCCCUUCGUUGCCGACGGCGACGUGGACGAGGCGCUCCGACUGUUCCAGGUCUCGACGCUCGACGCAGCCCGGUCCGGGAGCCUGUCCGGGGUGGAGGGCUUCUCCACCCCGCAGGAUCAGGAGAUGAUCUCUCGUGUGGAGAAGCAGCUCAAGAGGAGGUUUGCGAUCGGCUCUCAGGUCUCGGAGCACAGCAUCGUGCAGGACUUCAUCAAGCAGAAAUAUCCGGAGCACGCGAUCUACAAAGUUCUUCACCUGAUGAUGAGACGAGGAGAGAUCCAGCACAGAAUGCAACGCAAAGUGCUGUACCGAAUCAAAUAGAGACAGAGGGACAGG